UCCCCAACUCUGUGUUACUGGAGUGCUGCGCUAGAGAAAAAAAUGUGACAGCUGUGAGGUGCCUAGAGUGUAGAGGCAUCCGGACUGAACAUGGACGAAAUCAGCGGUACCAACGGCGGGGGUAAUAACAAUAAUAAUAACAGUGGCUCUAAAGGCAAAGGCAUUCCUAAAAUGAGAGAACUGUUUCGGAGCCAGCGAAAGGAAUCCGAGGGUUCUCUGGACUCCCCUUAUCUGGAAUUUGAGUAUGGUGAUACAGAUGGUGUCACAGGAGAAUUCUCAGAACUGUACAGCUAUACAGAAGAACCCGAAUUUGCCAUGAAUUGGCGGUGCUUUGAAGAUGAUUUCAGGACUCAAGUGAAAAACAAAAGAUGGGUAGAGCUGGACAUCCCCCAACAGAAGGCCUACAUAAUGAGGGUGCUUGAUGGACUGGAAGUUGUUGACCGCGACAAGAGAUUAAACAUGGCCCGUGCUAUUCUUUACCUGGCUCAGGGUGUUUUUGAAGAGUGCGACUCUGAGGUCGAUGUUCUGCACUGGUCUCGACAUAAUGUUUUCCUGCUGUAUGAGAUGGGCACCUUUUCAGCUUUUCUGGAGCUGCUGAACAUGGAGAUUGAUAACAGCCAGGCAUGCAGCAGCGCACUGAGAAAACCAGCCAUUUCCUUAGCAGACAGCACAGAGCUCAGGGUGCUGUUGAGUGUCAUGUACCUGAUUGUUGAAACCAUUCGUCUUCAAACUGAAGAUGACAGGCCAGAGUGGAAAACAAUCCGUGAAACAUUCAAGGCAGAACUUGGUUGUCCAACACAUGGUGAGGAACCCUUUGCCCUUCUUCUUUUCACUAUGGUAACAAAGUUUUGCAGUGGACAUGCUCCACACUUCCCAAUGAAGAAGGUACUGCUGUUACUUUGGAAAACAGUGCUGUUUACCCUUGGAGGUAUGGAAGAUCUCCAGGUAGUGAAGGUAAAGAAACGAGCAGAGCUUGACCUUCCACCCUUUCCAGAAGACAGUAUCAAGGUGAUCCGUAGCAUGAGAGCAGUAUCCCCACCAGCAUAUUCACUGGAAUUGCUGGAUCAGCAGCAGAGACGUAGUCACCGUGGCCGGAGGCCUUUAGUAAAGCAAGACAGUCUGGAUGCAUUCAAUGAGAAGGAUCCUUUUAAAAAUGAUGACGUUGGGGGUGAUGAGGAGGAGGAGGAUACAGACAGUGGAAUUGAGGGAGAGUUGGAGCCUCUGGAGAGAGACAUAAUCAUACAGCCCCCACCACCACCACGGCUACCCAUUGAACGUGUGUCCUUUCCCAAGGGGCUUCCAUGGGCACCCAAAGUAAGAGAAAAAGACAUUGAAAAUUUUCUGGAAGUGUGUCGAAACAAAUUUGUCGGCUUCACCUUGGGAAAUGACAUAGACACAUUGGUGGGGUUACCACGGCCUAUUCAUGAAAGUGUGAAAAUCCUUAAACAGCAUAAGUACGUCUCAAUAGCUGACAUGCAGAUGCGAAAAGAAGACGAGCUACAGCAGUGUCCAAUGUCUCUGGGGGAAGAGAAGGUGGAACAAGUACCCGCAGAGAUGCUGUAUCAAGCCAUGCUACACAACUUGCCACAGUAUGUAAUUGCACUGCUGAAGAUUUUGUUAGCUGCUGCUCCUACCUCAAAGGCUAAAACAGACUCCAUAAAUAUCCUUGCUGAUGUAUUACCUGAAGAAAUGCCAAUCACUGUGCUGCAGAGCAUGAAGUUGGGCAUAGAUGUGAACAGACACAAAGAGAUCAUCGUGAAGGCCAUCUCAGCCCUGCUGCUCUUACUUUUGAAACAUUUCAAACUUAAUCACAUCUAUCAGUUUGAAUAUCUAUCCCAGCAUUUGGUAUUUGCCAACUGUAUACCUCUAAUCCUGAAAUUCUUCAAUCAGAAUAUCAUGUCAUAUAUCAGUGCCAAAAACAGCAUAUACGUAAUGGAUUUUCCAUACUGCGUGGUGCAUGAAUUGCCAGAACUUACAGCCGAGAGUCUAGAGGCGGGAGACAUCAACCAGUUUUGCUGGAGGAACCUCUUCUCCUGCAUCAACUUGCUGAGGAUCCUCAACAAACUUACCAAGUGGAAACACUCCAGGACAAUGAUGUUAGUAGUGUUCAAGUCUGCUCCGAUCCUGAAGCGGGCCCUGAAGGUGAAGCAGGCCAUGAUGCAGCUGUACGUUCUGAAACUGCUGAAGAUCCAAACCAAGUACCUCGGCCGUCAGUGGAGGAAGAGCAACAUGAAGAUCAUGUCUGCUAUCUAUCAGAAGGUGCGGCAUCAUCUGAAUGAUGAUUGGGCUUACGGAAAUGAUAUUGAUGCCAGGCCGUGGGAUUUCCAAGUAGAAGAGUGCACGCUAAGGGCAAACAUCGAGAAGUUUAACAGUCGUCGCUAUGACACUAAUCUGAAUGUAGACUUUACCCCAGUGGAUAACUGUUUACAGAGUGUACUAGGACAAAGACUGGAGUUGCCUGAAGAUUUUCACAGUACUUACGAGCUAUGGCUGGAGCGGGAGGUCUUCUCCCAGUCUAUCCGCUGGGAAGAACUUUUACAACCACACUGAUGCAUUGAUGCAUUGUCAGGACAUCAGAAACUGUCCUUAACAGGAGGCAGCGAAAUGACUACUAGGACAGCACAGCCAACUUCUAACUUAUCCACAUCCCUUUUCAGAAUUAAUUCAACAUAAAUAUGCUUUAUGUUUUGUUUUGGGGAAAUAGUGAAAGGUUAAUUUAUUUGUCUCUUGCACCAGUUUACUGAUGGGUCCAAGUUAUUUAUUCUGUUAUAUUCCCAAGUUUGAAUUUGAAAAUAUUGUAGUCAUAACUGCAGAACAAUUUAGAUUUGUUUGUAGUUUUGCUGUUUACUUCCUACCAUCAUUUUUCUUUAUUUUUCUGCCAUACCCUGAAAGUGAACAUUUCUGUUUGUAACAGCAGAUACAUUACACCAAUGGUUAUAUUUCAAAUACAAACUCAGGAUCAGAGCAAGUCUAAACAGUGUGCACAUAUUAGGAAGAAACUGUAAAUGUACUAAUUUUUGCCUGUAUAUUCUCUGGUCUAGUCUGCACCAAGUCAGCAUGCAGAUCUCAAAGAGACCAUUUUAGAUCUUGUACUCAUGAUAACUCCUUCAACAUUCCAGGAUUUUAGAAUCGGUCCAGUCCUUUAGAAGACUUGUGUUCAGGGAAUCACACUAAGUCACAUGACCAUCAGCUACUCCAUCUACCUCUCUACUAAUUCAGUGAGUCUUCUAAAACUGACUUUUCUCCAUCCCAGCUAAUUCUGGGACCAGUAAAGAGAUUGAGGCAUCCUGGAGUGGUGUACCCCCCCCCCGUGCACACAUGUACUGUCCCAGGGGGUUAUGCGCUGUAGGCACCAUGGCCUGUCAGCCACUUCCCCAUGUGUGACUCAGUCAAAGCCCUGCCUCCUCCUCUUUGUAGGCAACAACCACCUCCCCCCACAUGCCUGGUCUCCAUGAAGGAUCAACUGUGGAGGUGUGUCUGAGCAUGCACCAGUCUUUAUCCCUCCCCUUGUGAUGGGCAAGACAAUGUAGGAUACUCAAACCCCCACCUUGAGGUGGCUUCUCCAGUACUGGGGCUGCAGAUCCAACUCAAGCUGUAAGAGUGGUAGUUAUGGCUCCAUCUCUGUGCCACAGAACUGAUUUAGUAACUCAGGAUCAGUGAAUGUUGCAAUAGUUUAUUCUGCAUGAGUCUUAACAAUUUAUGGCAAAAAAAGUACUUCUAUUUUCCUUGCUGUGCUGUCUUCCCCAAGAUGUAUGUAUCUGAAGUGAUGAGAUUCACGGGCAACAGUGUUAAUCCAACAAAUUGUGAAUUUUCUUUUGUCUGAGUGAACACUAACCUGCAAAGCCUCAGCUACCAUUUCAAGCAGUAUCUGACAGUAGCUGAGAUCACUCACUGCAGACUCCAUCUUAUCAAAGAAGUCAUGUGACUCUUCAGUCUUCUUUGACUGGCCUUGAAGUUCAUUUUGUAUGCAGUUGUCAAUUUUGUUAACCUCGUCCAAACUUGGCAGAACCCACUGUUUACAUUUUUUCAGCCCAUCCUCCACAGUGUCCAGAUCUAUAGUGUUACUUUGGCUAGUACAGAAGGUAAUAAUGGAUUAAUAAGCCACACAAUGGUUUAAGGGAGUGGCUGGGCACAAGGGCCAUCAUUUCUUGCUGUAGGAAUGAAGGACAUUUCUAUUUUUAACUGUCUACCCCCUGGUAACUGCAAGGCUUGCAAUGACAUCAGGCAGGGGAUGCUCAUGUUUCUGAAUGCACACUUGCGGGAUCUCUGCCUGUCUCAGCCUGUAUACUAGCAGGAAAAGCAGCAACCUGAUGGAUACAUUCACUACUAGAGAACUGCCGUGCAGCACAGGAUCUCUGUUCCUUCCUGAGAUCAAACAGCUGGCUAAUUACUGCUGCUCCAUCUUACCUCCCCGUCUGACCUUCUGGUUUCAAGGCCAGUUAUCUGCCCCAGGUAAGUUGGGAUCAAAACUACUGAGUCCGAGAGUUAGUGUAUCUGAUACUGAAGUAAUACUUUUCAGCAUUACCUAUGGAAAGAAAGUCUGAAAUACAAACUUGGAUGGUAUUUGUAAUUAUUUUGUUGACAAUUUAGGAGUAUGUUUUCUUUGUGUCAGAAAAACCUUUGAAUAUAUGAAGUGCAUAGUUGAUUUUCAUAAUUUCUUCUUUUCCUCCGACUGUGUAUUGCCAGUUUGGCUUCCUUUUUUGUUGUCCUUUGACAUAUAGGUAAUGGUUAUUUCAAAAUCAGAUUGACUUUUACAGUUAUAUUUUUAUAGGAUUACAGUUUCACCAUCUUAGGAACAGGAAGGAAAAGCUGACAAUGUAUCCUUUAUCAAAUGCUUUUUCCUCACUUGAAAGUUAAAAAAAAACUUUGAAUGGUUUAUUUUUAUCUACAGAAGGAGCUGUGGCACUAACAUUAGGAACAAGGCUCAGUAUUCCUAUCAUUAUCUAUGUAUCAGUUGUCCUUAUUUUGGACAACCUUAUGAUGAACACUGGAAUCUGUAUUGGGACUGUGAAAGAGAAACUACAAGUCAGACUUUUCUCCAUCACAAAUUAAUGAAAGGGUACACAAGAUGUGCUUAAAACUGGGAAUCUUUUAUAACAAAUGAACUUUGAAUUUGGUUUUAGAGCCUGGCCAACAGAAUUUUAAUAAAAAAAUGUUGAGAUAUUUUCAAAAAUUGAUAGACACUGUGAAUUUCAGUUCCCAUCUCCCCACUAAUAGGUAUUUUAUUAUAUGCCACACCUUGUAUUAAUUUCAUAAUUUACUAGAUAAAUGCCACAUAUAAGUGCUUUCAGUUUGAAAACUUUACUGCAAGGCUAAGUCAUCAAGAGUUACAUAUUAAAUUAUUGAAAAUCUUUUAUGACCUCAGUAUUAAGCAAUGUGACAUACAUACAUACAUAUAUCAGGUAGCCAUUCAGCGUUACUUUACUUUGAACAUAUCCAUUAAAAUAUAGUUAUCUGUUUUUCCUGACACAAAGGUAAAUGUAUACACAUUCUCGUUAAUCCUGUUUCUAUUUGCUAGUAACAUGUAGUUACUUUAUUAAAUAUUGUUCAGAAUCCUUGUUUCAAGAAUCUUGUAAACAACACAAACCAUACCAGUUUUGUUGUGUUUUUACUGGGGUUCCUUUGUGUGUCCAUCAUAAUUUCAUGCCUCCUUUAAAAUGUCACUUUCACCAUAUCUGUGAUCACAAUCAGUCUCCAACCCUCUGAAACAUAUUUAUUUAAUUAGAGUUUGUUGACCAGGAAAAAUAUGAUACUUAAUGCAAAGAUCAACUAAUAGUGUGAUAAAAUUGUCAGAGUAUAAGGGUUUCUGUAAAAAUAGUUUGUAUACAAUGCCUUUUAAAAGGUUUACACAGUUACAUAUACGUGUAUAUAUAUAUAUUUUUUUUCUAAAAAACAAUGCUAACCCUGAUUACACUGCAGUAAUCUACAGAACACAAUCAGUGAAUGUAAGGCAGAUGGUGGUUACUGGACUUUAACAUUUAAAACUUACCUUGUAUUUAAAUUAUAAUAUUCUCAGAAAUAAUGCAUUUCUACUACAGGACCCUUUAGAGGCAUACAAAGAUAAAGUAUUGUGAUCACUUCUUCCUCAGAGUAAAUGAGGAACAUCGGCUUUUCCAUCACAGUUUCAUUCUUUGUGUCAGUAUACAUUUUUUUACAGUCUGAUUAACCUCAGGAUUUAUAUAAUUGUGAACAUGUAUUCAUAGCCAAAAGAGAAGCUUAAGACAGAUCAUUUGAAAGUAGCUCACUGGAAUUCUCUUUUAACAUUUACUGUAACACUUGCUAUACUUGGAAACACAAUUGAAACACACUUGAAUAGUUGUACUUAAUUGUAUAAAUAUUGUAUUUAAUGUUAUUCUUAAUUUAAUUGUUAUAAAAAUAUAAAAAGUUUAAAAAGUUUGUACAGAGGACUGGCGACAGCUAUGAAAACCAUAAAACUAUACACGCUGAUAAUGAUAUCUGGAGCCAUAUAUUUAAAGGAUGUACUAAUUCACCACAACUGAAAUAGUUUGAAACAAAUAAAUGAGGUAUGCAAUCAUGGGGGGGAGGGUUUGAACUGCUCAUAUACUAGACUCUUUUAUGGGAAGCAGGGGUUCAGGGGACAGUUCAUCCAAACAAUUCUAAUCAAAACUCCAACAUACUUAUAUAGUUCAUAGAAAAAAGUUCAAAUACACUUAGAUUUUUUUUCAGUGCUGUGAGUGCAAACCUUGCCAUUCACACACAAAACACAUGUACCCCACCACACACACACACACACACACACACACACACACACACACACACACACACACACACACUCUUGCUAUAACCAGUUGUAACAUAACUUCACCUUAGAGCUCUUCGAAAAGAACAUUUUCAGAAUUUAUUACAAAAGAAAAAUACUUGUAUUUCUUUGACUUAUGGCAGAUUUGUUGACAGGGAACAGUAUUAGAUUUGUUCACCAAAAUAGUUAUCCUGCUUCUAAAGCAACUGAGCAGUUUGAAUACAAGGGUAUAAUGGUGUUUCAAGCAUUUCACAAUCCUGUUGAUGCAUUACUGCUAGGCUUUUUAUGUGAAUGUGUAUCUGGAUUUAUGUUUAAUAUCAAAUGUAAAAGUUAGACUUUUAAGUAUUGUAUAAAUUCAGGUCAUCCAAUCACCAUGUUGUUGUGUUGACCAGUGUCUUAUCCUUCUGUGCCUCCACCUACAGCCCAGGUAGUGACUAGUUUUCCUCUCACAGAUGAAGACUGAGUAGGCAGCCCAUAUAUAUAUAUAUAUAUAAAUAUAUAUAUAUAUAUAUAUAUAUAUAUAUAUAUAUACACACUCAAGUGUCAUUCUGAACUACAAUGUAAGAAUUUAUACUGGCUGCAGGAAUCUGUCGUAUGCUAAAUCACAGUAACCUUUCUAUUUGCCCUCUGCAUUUGUCUCCAGCAGUAUAGGUUUGCAGUAAUGUAGUUUCAGCAUGUUCAAAUUACUUUGCACAGUCAUAGGUUGCCCACAUCAUUUAGUGGUCCACUUUCUUGCCUGCCCCAUACUUCAUCAAGAAGUGUCUGACAACCCAUGAAGGACAGCCACUUCUAUGAUCUGCAGACAUCUCCACAGACAGAUCUCAGAAAACACAGAGAGUUUGUUCCCUGAGCUGACAUUUUCAGUAGACAGUGUCUGCAUGCCAGUUACAUUGUAGACAUCUUUAGACCAGUGAGGUGUCAUUGAAGAAUGACCUUGUUGUUUAGCUGAUACAACUUGGUGCUAGUGGGAUUCUGAUGAUAUGUCAGUGUUCUGAAAAGUAUUAUAGUCAAAUAAUUCCAUUACUGAGAAGUCUAAAUCUUCAAAUUGUUUCCAGUAUGUUUCUGCCAGAGUCCUAUUUACUGUUUACUUUUGUUGACGUUUUCAAACAUGAUGCCCACUGAUUACUUCCAAAGUUCUGCCUUAUAAAAAAGAAUGUAAUUCAAGGGUUAAACCAUGGCAGUAAGAGACAGAAGGCAUGCAGUUUAAAUUUCAACGUCUUUACAGGCUUAACUUGUGACCUUGUCUGUUUUUAUGUGACACUGAGGCAUACAAAACCUUAGAAGGCAGAUCAAAUCAUCUUGAGCCAGAUUUUACACCGUUGAGUGGUUAGCUCUGGUACAGCAUGCAGUCUUUGAUUCAUGUUGGCCUACUUAGGGGAUACUGAACACCAUAGUUGAUGACCAAGGUGGUUGAACUAUACAACUGUUCCACGCUAGGCACCAUCUAGAGUCUAUGAUGCUGCUGCCCACAUAUCUGUUCAUGGGUGAGUUUCAGGUGGAAACACCAAGCAUGUUUUUGGGAGGUGGGUGUUACCCACAUAGACACAGGGAGAACCUGCAAAUUCCACACAGGCAUUGGCCGGAGGUCAGGAUUAAAUCAUGUACUUUGUGCAUGGGAAAUGAAGACCUUAACCAUUAUGUGAACUGUGUCAUUCCUUAGAAGGCAGAGAUGACAAAAAUUACAGGCAACUCAUUUAGGCUUUCAGAAAUCAGCAUUUUGUUCGAGGAUAAAUAACUUAGCCUAAAUCAGUUCUUUACAAUGUGUUUUACAAAAUUUUCAGACUUUAGUAAGUUAUUUCAAAGAGUAAUGCUCAAACACUGAUAAAUUUACUUUUAUGCCAUUCCAAAGUUAUGUAAAUCUUACUGGUUCUGGAGUGUAGCUCAUAAGGUAUUUCCCUGUGAGCUACAACACCAAAACCAAAAGGCUGCAGCACCGCUUCACCAUAGAGCGGUACGGCUGAGUUAUCGUCUGUACUCUUCUAGCGUGGCUGUCUCUGUUAGAAUACAGCCAGGUAGCUACCCUUAGGGAUCGCUGCAGUGUACUUGGUUUCUUGUCAGAGCUUAAAGCUACAGCAGUUAUGCUUUUCAGCCUUGCCGCUCUACAGCGAAGCUGUGCUGCAGCCUUCUGGUUUCCGUGUUGUACCUUGCAGGGAAAUGUAUUGGAAGCUACAAGACACAACCCAAAUAUUAACCAAGGUAAGUCAAAGUUUGCAUCUGCACUUGUAAUAAUAAACAGUCCCACCAUGACAGUCUUAUUUUGAAAAAAAAAAUUAAACAUUCUUUGACAGUUGCACGAAUAGUUUCUAAAAUAGUGUGAUAUAAUGCUCCGAACACACUUCCUGCUGAACAUUACAGUUAGUUGUACGUGAGCACCCAUGAUAGCUUUAGCCACAGAUUCUCAGUCAGCCAGUAUCCAUCAUUUUUGGCAAAUUUGAUAAUAAAAAAUACAUUAUUUUCUGACUUGUCAAACGAAGACUUGUUUAGGACAUUGUCUGAGACUGUAUUUUUGCUAAUGCCAAUUUCUGAUGAGGAAUCUUUUAACAUUAAGAAAAGUCAGAUGUAGUUGUAUUGAAGCUUCAGAGAACUAGAUUAGGCAGAAACCAGAAAAAUGCAUAAAUAUAUAUCUGCUACAUUACGGAAAUAAAUAAUUGGAUAUAAAACCAGAA